GGGACGUGGGCGUGGCCGGAAAAGGCGGCCACUCCGACGCGAUGUGGCCCAGUGUGGAGGUCCCGAGGGCGGAGCCCCGGCCGGAGGCCGGCCCGCAAGGGGUUGGGUCUAGGCGCAGCUCCAACAUUUCCAAGUUGCCCGCGCCCGCCCCAGCAGUGACCAGGGAGCUACCGAGCUUCAGUAACUCUAGACUAAACUCCGCGAUCCCAGUGCCUAGUUCGCCGAACGAGGUGGGCAGACGGCUCGGGACCAUGACCAGAGCUGGCAUGGAGCGGUGGCGCGACCGGCUGGCACUGGUGACGGGAGCCUCAGGGGGCAUCGGUGCGGCCGUGGCCCGGGCAUUAGUCCAGCAGGGACUGAAGGUUGUGGGUUGUGCCCGCACCGUUGGCAACAUCGAGGAGCUGGCUGCUGAAUGUAAGAGUGCAGGCUACCCCGGGACUUUGAUCCCCUACAGAUGUGACCUGUCAAAUGAGGAGGACAUCCUCUCCAUGUUCUCAGCCGUCCGAUCCCAGCACAGUGGUGUGGACAUCUGCAUCAACAAUGCCGGCAUGGCCCGGCCUGACAGCCUGCUCUCAGGCAGCACCAGUGGAUGGAAGGACAUGUUCAAUGUGAACGUGCUGGCCCUCAGUAUCUGCACUCGGGAAGCUUACCAGUCCAUGAAGGAGCGGAAUGUCGAUGACGGGCACAUCAUUAACAUCAACAGCAUGUGUGGCCACCGAGUCCCACCCCAGUCUGUGAUCCAUUUCUAUAGUGCGACUAAGUAUGCCGUCACUGCACUGACAGAGGGACUAAGGCAAGAGCUUCUGGAGGCCCAGACCCAUAUCCGGGCCACGUGUAUCUCUCCAGGCUUGGUGGAGACACAGUUUGCCUUCAAACUCUAUGACAAGGACCCUAGGGAAGCAGCUGCCACCUAUGAACACAUAAAGUGUCUCAGACCAGAGGACGUGGCCGAGGCUGUCAUCUAUGUUCUCAGCACCCCUCCACAUGUUCAGGUGAGUGUGGCCUUAAGGAGCUGUCUCCCCACUGGGAAGAGCCUAGCCGUGCCCAGCAGAGGGGCAGCAGGGAGUCCCUAAGCUAAGGGGGUGCCAGCCUCAAGCCUUCUGCCUUCCACAGGUUGGAGACAUCCAGAUGAGGCCCACAGAACAGGUGACCUAGUGUUCUGUGGGGAGUGCCUACCUCCCCGACCCUUCACGGCUUGCCUCCUGCCUCUGGAUUUUAGGUGUUGACUUCUGGGCCCUGGAUCUUACUUUCUAUAUCCACCUCACUAAGGGACAGACAGUUCGUCAGGUUAUUCCCGUUACAAAUGUGAAAAAAAAUGGGCUGGGAGAGAAGAUGUAAUUGCAACUAUUUUAUCUAACUUCUUCCGAGUCCCCCUCUUGGGGCUCCCUCACCUUUGCUCUCCUGUGACCUAGGAAAAGGAUGUGGCUAAAAGGGGCGUUGCUCUAUCCUUUUUGUACCCUACCCCCUACCCCUUAGUGUAGGAGCAGCAGAGGCCUCAUCUUUUACCUGUAUGGUUGUCCAGGGCUCCAGGCUCCCCUUUCCAAACCCUCCCCUCCCUCAGCUUUCCAGCCAGGUUUUGGCCCUUUCUCUGGGGUCCCCACUGCUACAGAGUAUCAGGGUCUGUCUCCUACAUUUCACCACAAUUAAAGAGCAAGAUUGCAACCUC